AUGGCGCCUGGAUCGACGCAUGCACGGAAAACGUCUGGUACGACUGCAGGAUCGGGUCGCGUUUCCAAGAGAUCUGAUAAUGCAUGCUCGCGAUGUCGCAAGCAGAAAAUAAAAUGCUCAGGUUCACAUCCUUGCGACGCGUGCAAGAAGCGCAAAUUGUCUUGCGAGUUUGAUCAACGUGAUCAAAAGGUUCUCGUCACGCGUGGGUUCAUUCUAGAUCUACAGCAACGCGCUGCGACGAGUCAAUCGAGUACUGGGACGGCCGAGUAUAUCACGCCCGGGUCUUUGGAUACGAACAUAAAUGCUGGAGGACCUUCUGAUUCAGUUGAACCACCACCGCAUCUACCAUCGCCUGGUGGCAAUGUCUCUGCUUCGCUUCCGACUGAGGACUCGCUCCUCGGCAGCCACAGUAGCACCAAUAGCAGCGGGAAGGGACUGGACCCCAUCGCGUCUGCUCUGGUGAAUCCGUUGUCGUCUGGGCAAUCCAAGUUUAUGGUGUCAGCGCAAGGUCGAGAAUUCUAUCUCGGAACAUCAUCAAACUGGUCCUUCACCCGACGCGUCCUCAGUCUCACUCACGAAUACAUCCACCAAAGUCCAAUCUCGGUCGACAACCUACUAUUCGAUGGCUUAGCAUACGACCUUGGAUGGGACGGCUCUCGAAUCACCCCAGCGCUGAAUCCGCCGGUUAUGCCCAGUCUUGAUCAUGCAGUCUUCUUAAUCAACACAGUCAAAUUUCACUGCGGUCAGCUAUUUCAUCUGUUUGAUGAAGAGACGUUCAUGGCUUAUCUCCACGAAUUCUACGCGGAUCCGAGUAGUCAUAUCGCAGCUGCGGACCUGCCAUACAUCCACCUCCUUCUCAUCCUCGCUUUUGGCAAAGCUUUUGCCGAAAACAACAACUACCAAGCAAAGAGGCCCCCUGGCGCUGAUUAUUUCGUCACGGCCCUCCGACUUCUACCGAGCAUUCACAUCCUUGUUUACCAGCCACUGAUAUCGACAGAGAUCUUAUGUUGUAUAGCUCUAUACUUUGAGUCUCUCGACUACAGACACUCAUCGCAUGGAUUUAUUGGACAAGCGAUGAGAGUUGCACUCGGGCAAGGAAUGCACACCGACAUGCCAGUAGAUCAACUAGGAGACCGCAUUGUUGAACGGAGUCGAAGGAUAUGGUGGACCGUUUACGUAUUAGACCGCGAGAUGACAUCUCUGAUGGGCCUACCGCAAUCCGUUCAUGACGACGACAUUCAUCACCAGCUCCCGCACUUUGAUGGGUCAACACAACGAGUGGCGGCGCUCCACAUGCAGAUUCGACUUUGCAGAACCAUUGCAUCGGUUGGGAGAGGAGUGUAUGGAGCGAAUGGCCGGCUGAACAAGAAGUUCCUACUCAGCACCAAAAAGGUUCUCGAGAACAUUGCUGGUCUGGCGGACGAGCUACAGCAGCAGUUUCCACUAGGUGCAGAUAAAGCGGUAAACGGCGUUUCAAGGGUAGCAGGGUAUCUCCAUACUCUAUAUCAUCAGUGCAUCGUCCUCGCAACAAGACCUCUACUACUCUGCUUCCUCAAAAUCCGCUUCGAAACCCCCGACUCCAUAACAGAAGCCCUCAACUCGUCCCAAACUGUCUGGAACCUGAUCAAGAUGUGCAUCGACUCUUCCUACCAGAUGAUCAACAUUCUUGGCUGUUUGCAAAGUCAAGGUCUGCUUGAAGCGUUUCUCCCUUUCGAUCUCGAGUCGCUCUUCGUGUCGAGCUUCAACCUCCUCAUCGCACCCGUUCUUGACCCGCGAUUCUCAGAAUACGAUGCUACGUUCCGACACAAGACGCAUAUUAUCUUCAACGAGAUGAUAAGUAAGGGUAAUCUCAUCGCCAUGUUUCGAAGGUCGGAGUUGCAGCAGCUUGACGAUAUGUUGGGACGGUUACCGCGUGAACAAUCUGACACAACACCGGUUCCGAUUGAUGGACAGAUCAUUGGAGGGACGAUUGGCGAGGACGAAGGUAGUCUGAAUGAUUUGAACGAUGAUAAUGAGACCAUGGCUUCGAUGUUGCCAGGUAUGGAUGAUCUGGGGAUGGAUGCGUGGUUCACGACCGCGCAGAUGAUUGAUAUGGCGAAUUCGAUUGCGAACAGCGAUACUGAGUUUCUAUCGCACACAAUGAUGGAACAUGAUAUUUGGUGA